CUUCUAUCCGUGGCGCAGCAAGGAUCUAGCAGUUCAGGAGUACCCGGCCGUACUAACAAUUCUUAGAUGUCUCCCAACUUGACGGGCCCUGCUACAGGGCUGUUCCUAGCGGAAGCAGAGCUGGUGAAGACUGAACAGGCAACCACCACCGCUCAACCCACAACUUCGGCUCAAGCGACCGCCUCCGCUCAAGCGACCGCCACCGCACAACCAACCACCUCCGCACAGCCUGUCGCCUCCACCAGCCCGAAGACCCAGAAGAAAGAUGAAUAUGAAUGGCAGAUAGUCUGGAGGAACGUUCUUGCCUUUGUGUACCUUCACGUUGGAGCUCUUUAUGGGCUUUACCUCGCUAUCACGGUGGCUAAUGCAUAUACAAUUUUCUGGGGUAUCUUCAUCGCAUGGUUAGGUGGAAUGGGAGUGACUGCAGGUGCACAUAGGCUUUGGUCCCACAGGUCAUACAAGGCCAAAUGGCCUCUGAGGGUUCUUCUAGCACUUUUCCAGUGCAUGGCUUUCCAAAAUCACCUCUAUGAGUGGGUGCGGGAUCAUAGGGUUCAUCACAAGUUUACCGAUACUAAUGCGGAUCCACACAAUGCCAAAAGAGGUUUCUUCUUUUCACAUAUGGGAUGGCUAAUGGUCAGGAAGCACCCUGAUGUCGCUGAUAAGGGGAAGGUCGUGGACAUGUCGGAUCUUGAGAGGGACUGGGUCAUUAGGUGGCAGAGAGCGUUAUAUCCAGUUCUUAUGCCAUUGCUUUGCUUUGCAUUUCCGACGUGGGUUCCUGUAGCAGCUUGGGGAGAAGCACCCUGGGUCAGCUGGUACGUUGCUGGAAUCCUCAGGUAUACCUUAUCCCUUAAUGGCACCUGGCUGGUCAACAGCGCAGCUCACAUCUGGGGGAUGAAGCCUUAUGACAAGACAAUCUCUGCAGCAGAAAAUUUAACAGUAGCAUGUAUCGCUUUUGGCGAAGGUUGGCAUAAUUAUCACCACGCCUUUCCUUGGGAUUAUAAAACGUCUGAAUUCCAUGGUUAUAGAACAAAUGUGUCUAAAGCAUUUAUCGAUUUCUUUGCGAAAAUCGGUUGGGCUUACGAUCUGAAGACUGUUCCUCAGGACCUUAUCAGAAAGAGAGUUGCGAGGACAGGAGACAUCACUGCGCAUCAUGAGAGUGAUAUUUGGGGCUGGGGAGAUAAGGACAUAGACAAGGAUGAGGAAAAGAUGGUCAUGGACUUCUUGAAGGAUCAUAAAGAGGACUGAAAUUCCACUCAACAUUACAAAUGCAUCGCAAAGAGAGAAAAUUAUCAAGACUCAAAUAGAUGCAUCAAAUCAAAGCUUAAAUGAAUAUUCACCGUGACUGUAUUUUAUUUAGUAUUUUAGAUUAAGUGUUUAUGAACAGGUAAAGUAUUAGGGGUGUUUUCUCAAUGAGCAUUUCCAAGAAGUUUAGAAAGAUGUUGGUAAGUUUUUGAUGAGUAGUAUAUAUUACGUUGAUUGAAGAUAAAGAAUUAGAAAUGAACAAGCUUCUUAAUUGUUGUACACUUCAUGAAGUGUAUAAAUCACAAAAUAAUAAGAUCUUUAACUAAAUUUUAAUGCUGUAAGUUUAAUGAACAUUGAUCAAAGAAUAUAUUCACUACUCCCUUCGAUCCAAUUAUUGAAAAUAGAAUUGCUAUAUUUAUGCAAAAAAUAGUAAAAAUGUAAAAUUAAAAAAACAAAACAAUCUAAAAAAAAUAUUAGAGGCUGAUAGAACUUAUUCUAGUGCAAAUUUUCACAAAUCAAGGAACAGUACAGAUAUAGUUAUUAAUCUUCAUGUUAUAUUACAGGGAUUGAAAUAGAAUGAUUAGUUUUCAAUGGGAACAAAAUAUCAGGCAGCAAUUAUAAUUUUCAAAAAUAAAUUAAUUUAUUGCAGUUCCUUGGGUUGAAUUUAUAAAAAUAAAAAUCAUAGUAAAAAAAAAAAAAGGCUGAGGUUGAGAAUAUUUUUUAUUCUAAAAUAAGGAACUUUUUUAAAAGAGAGUUUGUUAACAUUUGGUAGAAAACUCUAAAGCACUUUGACAAUUUUUUUUUUUCAACUUUAAUAACCUGAAUCGCAAGCAAUAUUUGGUCUUUUCAUAGAACCAAAUAAAUCUCUGCUAUCAGUUUAUGAAAACAAUUCAGUAAAAAUGUUGGUAAUGUUUUGUAAGUAAUUCCGUACCAAAGUAUAAAACCAUUUUUAUUCACAAUCCCUUAUAUGUAGAUAAAAAAUAAUUUGAGUAAUAAAAGUAUUAUAGUCUGAUUUUCAUAUCAUAAAACUAACAAUAGAAAAAAAUUAUUGGGAGUCUAUUAUUAUUAUACCUUUAUAUUUCUUUUUUAUAAAAUUUCAAUGACACAUUUGGUAAAAUGAUUAUGAAUAUCAACUUUCAUUAUAUUCAAUAAAAAUAAAUCAGUCAAUUUACUGAUAUAUCCAAACAAAACAGAAGACUUGGGGGUGAAAGAAGAUAAUAUAUAAAUAACAGUAAGGCUAGAUUAGUAAUUACAUUACAAUAUUAUUUUAUUUAUCAAUGUAUAUAUAUGUUGUGAUAAAUUAUUUAUUAAUUAUUAGAAAGUUUAGGAGUUAAUAUCGCAUCAGAUGGAAGAUGCGUCAAAGAAGGCUUAGCUAUAAAAGACUUUAAGAGACUAUUCAUAUCUCUCGAGUGAGAAAAUUAUUUUGAAAGUAGUCAGACAUCUGAUAGUGAUAUUUUCUACAUUGAAGAAGUUUCAAACAAAGGGAUAAGUAGUUUCUUUUAGACAUUAUUUGACUAUUAUAGGUUUGGUUAUUAUACUUAAAAUAUAAUUAAUUAUAUACUUCUUAUUCUCUUAAAAAACAACUUUGGUUAUUUAUUUAGAAGAUUUUUUUUUGUAUUCUUCGAAACUAUG